CUCCUCAACUGUCAUUUUCUCACAUAUACUUCACACAAAAGAAACAACCAUUCACUUCAUACCUUGUCAUUUCUUUCUUUCUUUCUCUCUCUCUACUCUCUCUAUCUCUCUCUCUCCUCUCAAUCUCUAAUCUCUGCAACUACUCCCUCAAAUUGAUCAACCCCAUCUGCAAAAUUAUAACAAAACCCAGAAAUCUCACCUGAAAUUCCAAAAACCCCUUAUCCUCCAGAAUCCCACUAACCGAAGACGAAGUUUCUUUUUUUCUUUUUUUUUCUUUUUUUUGACAAAAUCUCUUUCUGUUACCUCCACCAAAGACAUAAAAGGAACAAGACAAAGCAAACUACAGGAGUGAACAAGAAGAAGAAGAAGAAGAAGAAGAAGAAGAAGAUAAGGAGGAGAAAAAGAAAAACUCAACCUGAAGGGGUUGGUUUUGCUUUUCUUUGUUUUGGAUUAUGGAGCUAUUUCCAGCACAACCUGAUUUGUCUUUGCAAAUCAGCCCUCCAAAUACAAAACCCACAUCAAAUAGUUGGAGUAGAAGAAGUAGUGCUAGAGAAGAAGAGGAUGUGGUCGAUUUGGGUUUCUGGAAACGAGCUUUGGACUCGAGAAAUUCCAUAUCUUCUUCAAUGGCGGCAAAACCAGAUAACAACAACAACAACAACAAUAAUACCUGUUUCGAGCUUUCCCUUUCUAAUCCACGCCUUUCUGAUCAGUCUAACUCCAACCAUAACAUUCAUCAGCAUCAUCAUCUCCAAAACUCUAAUGGCAAUCUUUUCCACUCCUUUCAACAAAACCAGUACCAAAAUCACCAUUAUCAACUUCACAAUCAUCAUCAUAAUCAUAAUCAUAAUCAUCACCAGCUUUUUCAUCAUCAUCAUCAACAACAACAACAACAACAACAGGCUGGGCUAACUCAGGAGCUUGGUUUCUUGAGACCCAUUAGAGGAAUUCCAGUUUACCAAAACCCUCCUCAUCCUCCUCCCCCUUUUCCAUUUUCAGCACAGCUUCCUUUGGAUACUAGUUGUUUGCCUUCCUCCAUUAAUAUGAAUGCUAAUAACAACUCCACAACAAUAUCAACAACAGGUUCGAACCCAUUGUUUCAGUCUUCGAGUGCUACUCAUCAAGGCCUGAUGCGAUCGAGAUUCUUAUCGAGAUUUCCUGCUAAAAGAAGCAUGAGAGCUCCUCGGAUGCGAUGGACUACUACACUCCAUGCUCGUUUUGUUCAUGCUGUUGAGCUAUUAGGUGGUCAUGAAAGGGCUACUCCAAAGUCAGUUCUUGAGCUAAUGGAUGUGAAGGAUCUGACCCUUGCACAUGUUAAAUCUCAUUUACAGAUGUACCGGACGGUGAAGACCACAGAUAGAGCAGCUGCUUCUUCAGAUGCGUAUGAAAAUGGGUCUUCCGGGGAUACAACUGAAGAUUUGAUGUUCGACAUUCAGAAGCAAUCUGAUCAGCAGGGUAGAUUAAAAGCUCAAGAUAAAGAGUACCAUGGACUUUGGAGCAAUUCUUCAAGCAGGGAAGCUUGGUUGCAUGGCAAACCAAAGGAUUCUGAUGGAAGCAUUAAUUUACCUUCCCUAGAGAAAGACUUGGAUCCAAAAUGCUUAAGCUAUGAGAGAAUAUCAGAUGUAAGCUCAUCUACAAACCUUUCAGGGUCGAGCCCUAAGAAACCCAAUUUGGAGUUCACUUUAGGAAGACCACAUUGAUCUUCUUCUCUACUACUCCAUUUUUGAAAUUCAUUAUGUCUCUGAAGAAGAGAGCUUUGGGGAUGAAGAAUCAGGUACCCGCUAAGAAAAUCAGAAGGAGGGGAAAAAAAGAAAAGAAAAGGAAAAAGAAAAGAAAAGAAAAAGAAAAGUAAAAGGAGAGCUAAAGAAAGACAAGGAGACAAGAAAGACAGAAAGCAACAAAAGGAGGAGGGGUGGAAAAAAGCAUGUCCUUCCUAUCAAGCUGUGAGAUCCAAAUCAACAUAUUAUAUUCCUACGUAAAUAUAUGAAAUCUAAUUGAUUUUGUAUGUUUUUGCACUCAGAAAGAGAGAGAGAAAGAAAGAGAAAGAGAGAGAAAGAGAAACCUUUAACUAUCUUAAAGUAUGAAGUGAUCCUUGGUAAUUGUAAUGGAGCACUUUACAUUUUAUGAAAUAUAUAUAUAUAUAUAUAUUACCAAA